AUUGCUUGUGUAUAUGUUAGAAGGAAGACCGGAGACGAGGUAGUAACGGAUUUAACGGACUUUACAUCUCUUAAUCUGGAUGGAACCCUAAUGAAAUGAUACGUCGUUCCCGCGAAUGCAGUUUGAAUUUACCCGCGGGAUUUUAGAGCUUCUGUCCGUCGCUGCUGUGGAUGAACCGGAGCCGGUGGCGCUCAUCUGGACAUGGCCAGCUCACACCUGGCUGAUCUGUCCCAGGCCUGGGACAACUACAUGGACUGCCGUGCACAAGGCGCAGAUCUGCAGGUCAGUCUUCAGUGCUUGGAGAGUUUUCUGUGCACGUUUCACUGUGUGCGACACCUCGCUGAGCCGAAGGGAAAAGAUGCGCUCAAAUUCUGCUCGGACAUGAGUGGGGCCAGUAACACACUGGCUCGGGAGUUCCUGACGGAUGUGCACCAGUUGUGUAGCGCCGUGGCCCAGCGGGCCGAGGACGAGGAGGAGAGUCACAUGGUGGCUCUGGGAGAGUAUCUGGUGCGCGGACGCGGAUUCCUGCUCCUCAGCACCUUGGACUCUGUCAUUGACCAGGAGCUGACCUGUCGGGAAGAGCUGCUUACACUCUUGUUGUCUCUGCUACCUCUGGUCUGGAAGAUUCCCGUUCAGGAGGAGAAAGCACCAGAUUUCACCCUGCCUUCACUACUUGAGGUGUUUCUAUGCCAAGAGGGGAAGACCAUCCCUCAGAAGGCGGGGCAAGAUAGAUGUGAUGUACAGAACUCUGGGAAGCGUUUAUCUGGCUCCUGGAAGUCACGGCGUUCACGCAGAACUGCUCAGCGAUACUCUGUAAAGGAUGCACGCAAAUCUCAGCUUUCCACGUCAGAUUCCGAAGCCAACUCGGACGAUAAAACCACAAACACUGGGAGCAAGCAUCGCAGAUUCCAAAGUUCGGCCAUUCGCGUAAGCUGCCAGCUUCACCAGUCCAACAAUUCAUCACAACCAGCAUUGCAACAUCCCACUCUCGAAGCCAUGAGCACCGUUGAGCCAUCCCAACCUCACGUGAGACUAUUUGGAUCUCACACACUGGAUCCUAACAUGCUAACAGACCCGACAACUCUUUCAAUCUUCAACCGAAUGGAGAACUCGCCUUUUGACCUUUGCCAUGUUCUGCUCUCCCUUCUGGAAAAGGUCUGCAAAUUUGACAUGACCAUCAAUCAUAACCCAGGCUUGGCAGUCAGCGUCGUUCCCACGCUCACGGAGAUACUCACAGAGUUCGGUGACUGCUGUUGUCCCGGUGGGAUCGACGAGCUAGCUGGAGGCUGGACUGAGGAGCCAAUCGCGCUUGUCCAACGAAUGCUUUUACGCACCAUUCUGCACUUGUUGUUUGUAGAUGUGGGUCAAAACGAAACGCUGCCUGAUAACCUGCGUCGAAGCUUGACUGACCUCCUCAGAGCAACGUUAAAGAUCCGUACCUGUUUAGAAAGGCAAGCUGACCCUUUCGCUCCAAGGCCAAAGAAGACUCUGCAAGAGAUACAAGAAGAUUUUUCCUUUUCAAGGUUUCGCCAUCGGGCUUUGCUGCUGCCAGAACUUUUGGAGGGUGUCCUACAACUUCUACUGGGUUGCUUGCAAGCCUCUGCUUCCAACCCUUUCUUUUUCAGUCAGUCUCUUGAGUUAGUUCAUGAAUUCGUGCAACACCGUGGCUUGGAGCUUUUCGAGGCGACCGCUCUGCGGCUUGAGGCCUUAGCAGAAGCUCGAGAUUCAGAAAUCGGGAAUGAGGCAUCAGAGCACCUGCGUUGUCUGAUAGCCGAUGUGCUUAAGAUAAUCAGUGCCGUGAAGAGAGCCAAGUCGGAGCAGCUACACCAGUCUGUUUGUGCACGCCGUCGACACCGUCGCUGCGAGUACUCCCACUUUUUGCACCAUCAUCGUGACCUCUCAGGACUGCCGGUAUCCGCUUUCAAGCAAGCAGCGCGACUUAAUCCCUUUGAGGAGGACUCUGAAGGUCAUGGCGGAGAAGUGCGUUACCCUGAACGCUGUUGUUGCCUUGCGGCUUGUGCCCACCAGUGUUUGCGUCUUUUUCAACGCCUUUCGCCCUCGGGUCCUGCCGUGUUGCAGGUGCUUGCGGGAGUUCAAGCUGUUGGCAUCUGUUGCUGCAUGGAUCCGAGAUCUGUAAUAGGACCCAUGCUCCGAGCAUUUCAGGCUCCCGGACUGCGGAGCUACCAAUCCCAUGUUUUGAGUGUCCUUAGUAGACUUGUCUUAGAACAACUCGGAGGUGGUCAGCCCUCUGAAAAGGCCAAGCUUGCCUCCUGCAACAUCUGCACUUUGGAUAGCAGCCAGUUACCUGGGCUUGAUGAGACUCUACAAGGCUACGGACCUAAGAAGGAAUUGAGCUUAUCCACAUCCCCAUCUCCAUCUUAUCGUUUCCAAGGGAUCCUGCCCAGUGGAGGAGCUGAAGAUAUGCUAUGGAAGUGGGAUGCUUUAGAGGCCUAUCAGGAGCUUGUGUUUGGGGAGGACCGGCAUUUGAGUCAACAGAUUGCCAGUCAUGUGUGCCAGCUGACUUUGCGAGGCAAUGCAGUUGUGCAGUGGCAACUCUACACUCAUAUUUUUAACCCUGUGCUACAGCGGGGUGUGGAACUGAGCCAUCAUGCCCAGCAACUUGGUGUGACAACUACUUGUAGCCAGGUUUGCAGCUACCAUAGCCAUUGCCUCCCAGUUGAGGUACUGCUGGUUUAUCUUCAGACUCUGCCUGCUCUGCUCAAGUCAAGCCGGGUGGUACGCGACCUGUUCCUGAGUUGUAACGGGCUGAACCAGGUCACAGAGUUGAUCUACUUGGACUGCACUCGUCCGUGGGUGCUAAAAGUGUUCGAGACGCUUAUCUUGAAUGCGUGGCACCAUCACACAGAAUCUGCCGUGCAUGAGCUAGAAGGAGCAGAAGCUCAGGAGAGGGAAGCUGUCCUUGGACUGUUCGAGGAAUUGAGUUCACGUGGGGCUGGUGACGUUCCCCAGAGCCUCACUAAGUUUUACGAAGGCUUGAAAGAGGCAUGCCCUCACCCGAAGGCCAAAAGUGGAACAAGUGCAGUUGGACAUAACCGGGGUGAGGCACAUUUGAACACGAUCAACCUUUUUCUGUGCGUCGCCUUCCUAUGCGUGAGCAAGGAGCCGGACUCAGACCUAGACUCUGCAAAUGACUCUGAAGACACUUCCGGAUAUGAUAGUACAGCCAGUGAACCAUUGGGUGGGCGUCUACCUUGCCUUUCCCCAGACAAUGUGGCUCUUCCUUCUAAAGAGCAGGUAAGGAGGGCUGCCGAUGUUUGGUCGGUUUGCCGUUGGGUGUACAUGGCCAGUCCAGUGUUUCAGAGGCAGUUCUUCAGACUGGGAGGACUAGAUGUCUGUUCACGUCUAAUGACGAUGGUCAUCCAGAAACUCACAUCUAAAAACAAAGACUGCAAACCUAAGAAAAAGAGGGAGAGUAAAGGCAAAAGCAGUCCACCUCAUGUAGACUCUCCCUCUCAAGCUCAAGGGCAGUUUGACAAUAUACCGACACCUCAACAGCAUGAACUUAGUGACACUCUCAGCCCUUCUCAGGUCCAACACAAGUUAAGUGACCCAACGCACAGGCUUGAAGAGGAAUGGCCGCUCCAGAGUAUACGACUGCUGGAGGCUCUUUUGGCUAUUUGCCUCCACAGUGCCAAUUCAGCCCUACAGAGACUUGAACCAGACCUUUCCUUUCAGCUGCAGUCUGUGGACGAGACCCUGUGUGAGGUCAGGGAUCAGCUCUCUCGAUCUGGAGUCGUGAACUCUGAACUGGCGGUUCCUCUGUUUGAUUCCUUACUCCGUGUGGCACUGGCCGAGAUGUUCAGCAGUCCAGAUGUCAUCGAGGAGAAACCUGACAAGAAGCCUCCGGUCAGCGGUGAGCCGGCUCGUCCAGCAGGAGAUCUCUCUGAAGAGGUGGAUGAAGCUCAGGUGAGCAGCGCUGCACCCGUGGGUGAGGAGGAGGGCUAUGACGCAGACAGUGAGAGUAACCCUGAGGACUCCACCCGUCAGGAGGAAGGGAUAAAGGUGGAGGCUGGAGUCGUGUUGGGGGAAUAUGCGUUGGGAAUGGCAGGAGUGCCUCAGGGCUCCGUACGUGGCCGUUUGCUUUUCCCGGAGAUCUGUUUGAUGGAGCUGCAACUGUUAGCCAGCGGCUCGCCAGACCUGGAGGUUUUGGGCCACGUGUUGCAGAGCCUGUCAGGAGCCGUGAAAGGCCACAUCAACAAUGCAGCGCUGCUCUACCAGCAGGGUGGUGUGAAAGCCAUUCUCAGUGGUUUUCAGAACAUUCUCAGCCAAUCAGAUGCCUCCUAUAAAGAGUGCCAGACAAUACUGAUGGAGCUGCUCGUAUCCAUGUUGAGUGACAGCAUCACGGCGGAGGAACUCGCCCUGUUGACCCGCCUCUUCCUGGAGAAGACUCCGCCCACUGAGAUCUUGUUGAGAGGCGUGCUCCAGAUUGUGGAGGCCAACUCAGACACAGAGCCGCUCUACUUCAUGUCCUUUCCCAUGAUCCCUGGCGCAGGGGUCCCUGGCUCCAGCUCUUCCCCUGGGAUGAGGCCUCAUGGGGCGGUUGUGGGUAAGGGUGGCGUAAACGCUCUCUUGAGGGGUAAAUUACCCCUGGGCCGUGUUGAAGGAGACCCGAGCCGGCCUGGUCACCUGCGCUCUUCUCCCUGGCACACGGCGCCCUUCCACCUGCCCUUAGUGGGCCAGAACUGCUGGCCUCACAUGUCCAGUGGCUUCAGCGCCUCGCUGUGGGUACGAGCGGGGAACGAGGACGACGGCCAUCCUAAGAAGGAAGAGGUGGAGUCCCUGCCUGGUCCGGCUCAUGUCACGGACCGAUGCCUCCUCCAUGUCCUCUCCAUGGGCUCUAAGGCACUGAUGCUUCAGGUGUGGGUGAACAUCUCCACCGGAGCCUUUACCUUCAGGACCUGCAUUGAUCCCAACGAUGAGAUGAAGGCGGGUCUGCUCGCCCAGGCGGAGUCUGGAGACGGUUUGCUGACCGCUGGCAGGUGGCAGCACUUAGCUCUCACAUACACACAGCAGCCCGAGGGCCGGAAGAGCGUUCACGGUCAGCUGACACUCUGGGUGUGCGGCAUUAGGAAAUGUGACGUCUCGCUAGAUUUCACUCUGCCUAGGAAGUCCAGUUUGUCAUCGGACAGUAAUAAGACCUACUGUAUGUUCGGACACUGUCAGCAACCCUCAGAGGAGCAGUCCAGCCCAAGUGCACGCUGGGAUAUGGGCACGCUGAUGCUCUUUAAUGGCUCCAGAAUUGACACUGCGGAGGCGUUUUACCUGUACGCCAGCGGUCCUGACCUCACCUCCAUCAUGCCCUGCAAGUACGGCAAGCCCCAGGAGACACUGUCCAAGUACGUGACACAGGAGGGUCUUCAGUGUGAGCAGAUACGAGAACUCCUCAUGAGGAAUACAGACGUCGACAUCACACCUCUUAUUGAGAGUUUAGCUGUAGUUUACGCCCCCAGCACACCGUCUCUGUACACCAUAUAUGAGCCAGUGAUCCGUCUGAAGGGCCAGGCCAAGACAGCGGUGGUUUCCCAGCGGCCCUUCAGUGCCAAAGAGGUCCAGAGCCCCAUCCUGGAGCCUCCUUUUCUCAAGACCAUGAUGCCCUGCAGGGCUCUCGGCCUACACAGCGCCCUGCACAAGAUCGGUGGCACCGGCUCUUUUGUCUUCUUGUUUGCGCGGGUGGUGGAGUUGAGCGACUGUGAGAGAACUCAAGCUCUGGCGCUGCAGCUUCUUCUGUCUCUGGUUAAAAACCAUCAGCAUCGCACCCAUGAGAUGGAGUGUUACCACGGUUAUUCCAUGAUUCACCAGGUUCUCAUUAAGCCCAAGUGCAUUGUGGGAUACCACAUUCUGAAGGAGCAUCGGGAUGAGUACCUGACCUCCAUCCCACAGGAGGUCUGCCUCUCGUUUGUCAAAAUCAUCCAGGAGGUUUUGGGUUCGCCUCCAGACCUGGACCUGCUGCGGCUGGUCUAUAACUUCCUGUUGGCCGUUCACCCCCCCACCAACACUUACGUGUGCCACACACCCACCAGCUUCUACUUCUCUCUGCACAUCGAUGGUAAGAUGUACCAGGAGAAGGUUCAGUCCAUGAUGUUCCUGCGACACUCGAGCAGUGGAGGGAAGUCAGCCUGCAGCUCUGUGCUUUCACUCUCUCCCACCGUCUUCACCGAGAUGCCCACCGAUGGGAACGCAUCACUGCCGCCCACUUCCCCCAAGCCCAGAGUUCGCCACACUUCUUCCCCCAAUCAUGCAGAUGAAGAUCUGUCUCUUCGGCCUCCUAACACACAUCCCUCUCCUCACGCUUCUCCAGCCCUGACGCCCCGUCUGGCUCACGGGAGCGUGACCGGGACCACGGAGCCUGAAGAUGGGGCGUCCCUCAUUACCCAGCAUGCCCUGGGCAGCACAGAGACCCUGAAGCGGGGCGUAGACGAGCAGCUUCUCAGCAGCUGCGAGUCUGCAAAGACCAUUUGUGAUUCUCAGAUUGCGGGUGUUGAUGAGGAGGGAAGCAUCGUGGGAAACCGAACGCCCUCGAUUAGUGUAGAAGAGGAGCAUGAUGGGCCAGCCGAAAGCCCGGUGGACUCGGAGGACCAUUUGGAUUGGACCAGCGAGGAAGCGCCACGCCGACCCGACAGCCUGAAGGGAAUCCAGUCCUUCCAGAGGAGCCACAGUAACCUGGCCAGUCUGGGCUUGGCGUUUCCCGCGCAGAACGGCUCUCUGACUAUCGCUCGCUGGCCCACCGUGACUGACCGUGCCGCCCCCCCGGACGACUGGGAAAGCUACACAUACUCACCCGGUUAUGACAGACACAGCAAGUCGGACUCCAGUAAUGACAGGUCCAGUGCAGAAGACUGUCUGGUUCUGAUCUGCUGCGGUCUGUAUGAUCUGCUGAGAGGAGUUCUGCUUCUGCUGCCGGACGUCCUGUUGGAGGAGGUGAUGGAUAAACUGAUCCAGCCCGAGGCUCUUCUCGUCCUCGUCAACCACUCCUCUCCUCUCAUACAGCAGGGCGUCAUGAAGCUCCUGGACGCCUACUUCACCCGCGCUCAGAAAGAACAGAAGGAGAAGUUCCUGAAGAACCAUGGGUUCUCACUGCUGGCCAAUCAGCUGUUCCUGCACCAGGGGUCACAUGGUCUGCUGGAGUGUUUCCUCGAGAUGCUGUUCGGUCGACCGGUGGGGCUCGAGGAAGACCUGGAUCUGGAAGACAUGGAGAACAUCUCCCCGUUCAGGAGGCGUUGCAUCAUCCCAGUGCUGGGUCUGCUGGAGAACUCUCUGUACGAGAACUCGCUGGUGCACAACGGCCUGUGUCUUCUUCUGCAGCUCCUCAACGCCUGCCCGAAGCUGGCCGACAUCUUACUGGACCACGGCUUACUCUACGUGCUCUUCAACACGCUCUCCACCCUCAACGGCCUGGAGAACGGGAUUCCUCCGAAUGACUACAAACUGGUGGUGUGUGACAUUCAGCAGCUGUUGGUGGCCGUCACCAUCCACUCCUGCAGCUCCUCGGGCUCUCAGUACUUCCGCAUCAUUGAAGACCUGAUCACCCUGUUGGGCUACAUGCAAACCAGCAAAGUUCGGCGCACGCAGGAAAUGGCCCUGGCGCUGCAGUUCCGCGUGAUACAGGCAGCCAUUGAUUUCAUCAAGACCACAGCCAAUCAGGACCCUCAGAAAUCAGGCAGCUACGUGCACGUCCCCACCUCGCCACAUCACGCUCUACAGCAGAAGCGCAAAAGCAUCGCAGGUUCAAUGGGGCUGAAAGACUCCAUAAUUCCCCGUAUUCCCCGGCAGCACUACUGCUCGUACGGCCUGAUCCCUCUGCCCUCCCCGUUCAGCUUCUUGUCCCAGGAUUCCCCCCUCCCUUCCCCAACCGGACCACACUCCUACACGUUCCCCUCAGACACAGGUCGGCGGCGGUUCACGCUGGCCCAGUCGGACUCGUUGCUGACGCGAAUGCGCUCCGUGGCCAGCGAUGAACUCACUGAGAUGAUGCAGCGCAGAAUGAGUCAAGAAAACCCCAUCAGAGCCAGCGAGACGGAGCUGGUCCAGCGACUGCAGAGACUCGUGGUUCUGGCCGUUAACAGACUCAUCUAUCAAGAUGUCAACCAUGAUUUCUUUGACCUCCUGAACUUUCCUGAGUCUCCUGAUCAUUCGAUGUCCAUGCCGUUAUCUGGCGAACAGACGUCUGAGGAGAACGGCUCGACGCCCUCCACGCCGCUCCCGCCGGGAAACACCAAGAGCUUCAGCAAAGACAUUCUCAAACUAAUGAUGGAGGGCAUAAAGAUCAGCUUGGGCAGCACCGGUCGUGGCGGCGCCCCUCGCCAGCAGUGGAGGCGAAUCCUCUGGUCCUGUCGGGACACGUUCAGGGUUCAGAUCGGCCGAAUGCUGGUGCACACGCUCAGCCCUGCAGUACCUCUGGAGGACAGGAGGGAGGCGCUAGAGUUCGUCCACGAGCACAGCUACUCUGAGAUCCUCAGAGAAAGCCUCAGUCCUGGCCUCGAGCACGGGCCCAAGCUGGCUCUGUAUCUGUACGAGCUGUUACACGACCAUAAAGACGCCCUGAGCAAAGAAGAGCAGGCGGCUGCCAACUCCUUCAUGACAGCGCUGAAGCUCUGCGGCCACCGAUGCAUCCCACCCAGUGCUCCGGCCAAACCGGACCUCCUGAAGGCCAUCAAAGAGGAGCAACUGAAAUACGAGUCGGAGGCAAGAACCAGCAAAGCAGCCUGGGAAAAAAAGCUGGCCAACACGCAGAGGAGCUUGUUGCAGAGGCUGGAUGGGAAGUCGAAGGACAUCUCGAAGAUCGCCGCUGACAUCACUCAGAACGUGUCUCUCAGGCAGGGAAUGGAGCGCAAGAAGGUCAUGCAACACAUCAGAGGCCUUUACAAGACCGACCUGAGCGCCAGCCGGCACUGGCAGGAGCUCGUGCAUCAGCUCACGCACGACCGGGCGGUGUGGUACGAUCAGUCGUCUUACCCCACGUCCUGGCAGCUGGAUCCCACCGAGGGACCCAACCGAGAGCGGAGACGCCUCCAGCGCUGCUACCUGACCAUCCCCAACAAAUAUCUGCUCAAAGACCGCCGCAAGCUAGACGAUGCCAUCAAGGCUCCGCUAGCAUUCCUGUUUGAGGACAAGGCUUACUCCUCUUCCUCCAUAGUGAAGGACAAAGCCACCAGCGAGCCCAUCAGGUUCACGAGAAGGUGCAUAAGUGUGGCGCCCUCUAGAGAGAUGGCAGGAGAGCUGUUGCUGGGAAAAUCUGGGAUGUACUUUGUGGAGGAUAAUGUUGCUGAGACACAUGAUAACCAAAGUCCUGAUGGAGAGACAGAACCGGCCUCCUUCUCCUGGACGUACGAGGAGAUAAAGGAGGUUCACAAGCGCUGGUGGCAGCUCAGAGAUAAUGCGAUGGAGAUCUUCCUCACUAACGGCAGGACGCUGCUGCUCGCGUUUGAUACCGCCAAGUUUCGUGAUGACGUCUACCACAACAUCCUGACCUCAGACCUGCCCAACCUGCUGGAGUACGGCAACAUCACGGCCCUCACGCACCUGUGGAGCUCAGGACAGAUCACCAACUUUGAGUACCUCACUCACCUCAACAAGCACGCGGGCCGCUCCUUCAACGACCUCAUGCAGUAUCCCGUCUUCCCCUUCAUCCUGAGAGACUACAUCAGUGAGACUCUGGACCUGCAGGAGGCCUCUAUUUACAGGAACCUCAGCAAACCCAUCGCAGUGCAGUCCAAAGAGAAGGAAGACCGUUAUGUGGACAAUUACAGGUAUCUGGAAGAGGAGUUUAAGAAGGGCAAGCGAGAGGACGACCCCAUGCCACCCGUCCAGCCCUAUCACUACGGCUCUCACUACUCCAACAGCGGCACCGUGCUUCACUUCCUGGUCAGGCUGCCGCCCUUCACCAAGAUGUUUCUGGCCUAUCAAGACCAGAGCUUUGAUAUUCCCGACCGAACGUUUCACUCCAUGAACACCACGUGGCGUCUGUCGUCCUUCGAGUCCAUGACGGAUGUCAAAGAGCUCAUCCCAGAGUUCUUCUACCUGCCCGAGUUUCUGGUCAACAGAGAAGGUUUUGACUUUGGCGUGCGGCAGAACAGCGAGCGGGUGAACCACGUGAAUCUGCCGCCCUGGGCCAGGAACGACCCGCGACUCUUCAUCCUCAUACACAGACAGGCUCUGGAAUCGGACCAGGUCUCCCAGACGCUCUGCCAGUGGAUUGACCUGGUGUUCGGGCUCAAGCAAAAGGGCAAAGCUGCAGUCCACGCCAUCAAUGUCUUUCAUCCUGCGACUUACUUUGGCAUGGACGUUUCUGCUGUUGAAGACCCUGUUCAGCGCCGGGCUCUAGAAACUAUGAUCAAGACGUACGGCCAAACUCCCAGACAACUGUUCAACGCUUCCCACAUCAGCCGAGCGGGAACCAAACUCCUCUCGGAUGCAGAACUGCCGGCGGCCAUGGGCCUCCUGGUGCAGCUGGCCUUCAGAGAGAGCCGGGAACAGCCCAAAGACUCCACCUACCCGAGUCCUCUGCCGUGGAUAAAGGGCUUGAAGUGGGGCGAGUACGUGGGAUCCCCCAGUGCUCCGGACCCCGUGGUGUGUUUCAGCCAACCUCACGGCGAACGCUUCGGGUCCCUGCUGGCGCUGCCCACACGAGCCAUCUGCGGCCUCUCCCGCAAGUUCUGCCUCAUGAUGAUCUACAGCAAGGAGCAAGGUGUAAGGAGCAUGCACAGCACAGACAUCCAGUGGUCUGCUAUCCUGAGCUGGGGUUACACCGACAACAUGCUGCGUCUGAAGAGCAAACAGAGCGAGCCGCCCAUCAACUUCAUCCAGUGCUCACCACUGCACCAGGUGUCGAGUUGUGCCUGGGUGCCGGACAGUUGUCAGCUGUUUACGGGCAGCAAGUGUGGAGUCAUUACCGCCUACAGCAACCGCUUCACCACCACCACCAUGCCCACAGAGAUGGAGGUGGAGUCCCAGGUUCACCUGUACGGUCACACGGCCGAGGUCACGGGCCUGUUCGUCUGCAAACCCUACAGCAUCCUCAUCAGUGUGAGUCGGGACGGCACCUGCAUCCUCUGGGACCUCAACAGGCUGUGUUACGUUCAGAGUCUCACGGGUCACAAGAGUCCAGUGAACGCAGUGUCCGCCAGCGAGACGACAGGAGACAUCGCCACAGUCUGUGACUCAGUGGGUGGAGGAAGUGAUUUGAGGCUGUGGACGAUUAAUGGAGAUUUGAUCGGUCAUGUUCACUGUCGAGAGAUCAUCUGUUCGGUGGCGUUCUCCAAUCAGCCGGAGGGAGUGUCUGUGAACGUGAUCGCUGGCGGGCUGGAGAACGGUGUGGUCAGGUUGUGGAGCACAUGGGACCUGAAGCCAGUCAGAGAGAUCACCUUCCUGAAGUCCAACAGGCCUAUCAUCAGUCUCACAUUCUCGUGUGACGGACACCACCUGUACACGGCCAACAGCGAGGGGACGGUGAUCGCGUGGUGCCGACGAGACCAGCAGCGCAUGAAGCUGCCCAUGUUUUACUCUUUCCUCAGCAGUUACGCUGCAGGCUGAUCCCCGUGCUGGACAGAACGAGCGCCGAGUGACCCCGCUGACCCCGAAAGAGGAGGAGCCAGAGGCACAAGCCCCGCCCAUGACCAUCACAGGAUCCGCCCCCUGAUUCGCCAUGGAAAUGCACGGCACUUUACGCAGUGCUGUAUCACAAAGAGCGUGUGAAGAGUGUUUCCAUACAUGCGUCGGGGGUCGUGAGGCGGAGCGAGCGCAGGCCUUUUCCGCCGGAUCUUUUCGUUCGUUUUGUGUUUGGUUUGACUGAGGAUUCACGUCGUAGUGUUUGUUAGUGAGUCCGUGUUGUUUGAUUUUUGAAAGCUGCUAGGGUCUGGUCCGUUUGAAGGCCCGUUUCUCUUCCCUUCCUUAUUAAGUCCCUCGUCUUCGCUAUCCUGAGAAUAGAGAUCCUGCUUUUGGAGCCAGACCAGACUGAGAUCAUCUAAACACUACCGUCUGCAUUGGUCAUCGGCAUGCUCGCGAAGUGACAGAAUGAAUGUGUGCACGCAAUGCCUUGUUAAACUUUCAUUGUAAUAUUUAUUCUCAAACAAGGAUGGAAGCGUGUCUCUCGCUCUUUAUUAUAAUAUGCACUUCAGACGAUACGAAAUGAUGCGCUGUGAAGUCACUCAAGUAGUCCUGAAAUAAUAAUAUUUAUUCUGUUUUUUUGUUGUUGUUUUUUUUACACCAACUCAACCCGAACGCCCGGUUGCCAGUUAAUAAGUGCAUCUAAUUUAUUAAAAACAUGCUGAAUCUGUUCAGUUGUGUUAUUAAUUAUUGCAUGUUGUGAUCAAGCAUGAUCUAUCAUUGUCAAAUCAGAUCUACCUUUAGGACCAAAUCGCUCAUUUGUUUGCAACUUUGCAAUAAAAACAACCUGAUUACUGUACAAAGGCAAAGCAAUAUCACUAAACAAUUACACAAUUUCAAGUCUUAAGUGUCAGUCAGCCUUAAAUGUGGAGGAAAAACAACUGAAAUUAAGUAAACGAGCGUCUGUUCUCUUAACAUGACCCACAGCGUUCUGUUUUUUCUGAUUGCAAUUAAUUUAAUGAGCUCGUCUUACAUUUUUAGUGUUAACCAGAAAGGGAAUGCUUUCACCUUUUUGUUUUGCAUUAUUUUCAGAAAUAUCAGACACGUGUAUCACUGAAGUGAGAGUCCAGAGCGCCAGCACUUCAAAGAGAGGUAGUUCGAGAGAGUUAUGCGCUCGUUUUAUGUUUUUAUGUUUAUGUAUAAAAUCUGUUUUCCAUGCUCGCAUUACAUACAUAUAUCUCUUAAUUAUUGUGCACAGUGUUGUCAUGUUUGCAGUUCCCUCAGAAAGAGAUUGAUGUUACUGUCAUUGUGUGAGUUGUUGACUGAGUUUGUAAAGCAAGAUGUGAAUUUGUUUUUGACAAAACUAUCACGAAAAGGCUUAUUGUUAUCAGUCGAAUGUUGAAUUAACAGUGGUUUAUGUAAAUUAAGAUUGAUUAUGUUCACCAAAGGCCUGGCUGGGACGUUUCUAAUUUUUUUGUAUUUAUGAAAUAUGUAAUAAAAUGUCACGUAUAUAAUAUAUAUAUAUAAAUAUUCAAGAAAUUUUAAUUCUGUUUGUUGCACUUGUUUCUCAUGUUCAGUGUUAAAAAUAAAGGUUUUGCAAUAA